UCCUGGUUGGCCCUGUUUUAUCAUACAAUGAUCUGCGGAGGAUUUUCUACCCGAAAGAAAAGGAAGUACCUGUACCGAGGUAGCUAGGUAACCGAAAGCCAAAAGGUCUUGUAUCCCAGGCUUUAUUUAACUUAUAAACACGUCAAUUCAUGUCACAAUGAAGCCGCGGCGGCAGUGAAAGUGUCAGCGAAACCCCGGAGAGUCGCAUUCGUCAGACUGGGACCGCGAAAACAGACUGAGCUGUGGAGGACAGUCUCUCGGUUUGAGUUGUUUUAACUUCCUAAAGUUUUGAAACAACUAAAUAACAUUUUCUCCACAACCAAAAGAGAGAGAAUGAGUAUGCGGUUAAAGCCACGGCUGCUGUAGAAUGAAGAGCCCGUCUCAGCGCACCAGGGACAUCGAGCGUCAGGCUGGCUACCUGAAGCCGGAACACUGCGCCCCUCCCCCGCCCCGCGGCAGCUCAAACGCCAUGUGGUUCAUCCGCGACGGCUGCGGCAUUGUGUGCGCCGUCAUCACCUGGCUGCUGGUCUUCUACGCAGAGUUCGUGGUGGUGUUUGUGAUGCUGUGGCCCGCCAAGAGCCUGGCCUACAGCCUCUUCAACGGUCUGCUCUUCAACAGCUUGGCCUUCCUCGCCCUCGCCUCCCAUGCCAAGGCCAUGUGCACUGACCCGGGUGCUGUGCCAAAAGGAAACGCAACCAAAGAAUUCAUUGAAAGCCUCCAGCUCAAACCAGGACAAGUGGUCUACAAGUGUCCUAAAUGCUGCAGCAUAAAGCCUGACAGGGCUCACCACUGCAGUGUGUGCAAACGCUGCAUCAAAAAGAUGGACCACCACUGUCCUUGGGUCAACAACUGUGUCGGGGAGAACAAUCAGAAAUACUUUGUGCUCUUCACGAUGUACAUUGCAUUAAUAUCCUUCCAUGCAUUGGCCAUGGUGGCGUUCCAUUUUGUUUUCUGCUUCGAAGAAGAUUGGUCAAAAUGCAGCACCUUCUCUGCACCGGCAACUGUCAUCCUCCUCAUCCUCCUGUGCUUCGAGGGGCUGCUGUUCUUAAUCUUCACCGCCGUCAUGUUUGGGACACAGGUCCACUCCAUCUGCACCGAUGAGACAGGCAUCGAGCAGCUCAAAAAGGAGGAAAGAAGAUGGCUCAAGAAGUCCAAAUGGAUGAACAUGAAGGUUGUAUUCGGUCACCCGUUCUCUGUCGCCUGGCUGAACCCCUUUGCAACACCUGAUCACGGCAAGGCAGAUGUAUACCAGUACAUCGUGUGAAGGCGCAGCACCAGUCAGAACUCAUUCCAUAGUCCCUCCGCUACCAUUCAUGGAUAUUUCAAAUAAAUACAGUUGCUACAUCUCUUCACUGUGGUUCAUCCCUGUUGCUGCUGCGUCCCAUGAGUAAGGUACGUCACAAAAGCUUUGCAAACUUGCAGCGACAGCUCCACUAAAUUGGUGAGUGUGUGCACACCUUCUAUCAUUGUCUUCCUGCAACAACAAUGAAAGCAAACAUUUCAACCCAACACUGAAUGACUUUUAGAUUAUUGGACAGAGGCAUCAAGUGCAUAUUGUGUGCAAUGAAAGGCAAAGGAAGAUUUUUAUGUGUGGAUUUCCUUUUAUUGACAGGAAUGUAUUUCCUCAUACUGGCAUUUAUUUACUCACCUUCAGAAAGAAGAAGGCCUCUAUUAACGGGGAGGUGAUUAUUUGACUUUUUUUUUUUUUUUUUUACAACCAAACUGAUUUGGAUGUCUUCCGAUACCGAUACAAUUCAGAUACCAGAGCUGUGUUUGCUUUAAUAUGCAACCACGUUAAAAAAAGAAUAUCAGCAAAUGUAGCCAGAAGAAUAUCAGCAAACAUAGUUGUCUCUACACAUGCAGCGCUGCACAAGUGCUCAGCGUGACGCGUUCACGGCUGCACAGACCUUCGGACGACAACAUAGUACAUAACUGCCUGGUUGCUACAUUAUCUUGAUUGUUGAUUUUAUAUGAGGAUGUAAAAAAACUCUCCCCACAGACGUGGCCAAAACCUUUGAGAAUGACACAAGCAUUGGUUUUCACAAAGUUUAUUGUUUUUAGACUGUAUCUUUUUGUCAGAUGUUACUAUGUUACUGUGUUGUUCCCCAAGUCACUUAGUCAUCACUUAUGCCUUUGGAAAAAGCAUCGUUUGUCACUAAACUGUUUUUUGGGUGGUAGGGAGAAGUUGCUUUCGGAGGCUGUUUUGGUACCAUUAUUUAUUCAUGGUUGCGUUCUUUGGUAAAAUUGUGAGAAGGUUGAGAAGCGACCCCACACAUGAAUGAUUUCAGGAUGCUUUACUGUGGCACAGGACUGACAGUAGCGCUCAUCUUUUCUUCUCUGGACAAGCUUUUUUCUGGCUGCCCCAAACAAACAGAAAGGGGAUUCACCAGAGAAAAUGGCUUUUUCUCAGCCCUCAGCAGCCCAAUCCCUGUAUCUUUUGCAGAAUAGCAGUCUGUCCCUGAUGUCUUUCCUGGAGAGAAGUGGCUUCUAAGCGCCCUUCUUGACACAACAAGACCGUCUUACUGCUACCAUUCCUGAACAAGUGCUGCUCAAAGGUGCCCUGAUCCCACUGCUCAAUCAACUUUCUUGCUUGCUGGACUUUCUUGGGCCCUGAAGCCUUCUUCACAACAAUUGAACCUUUCUCCUUCAAGGUCUUAAUGAUCUCAUAAAUGGCUGGUUUAGGUGCCAUCUUACUAGCAGCAAUAUCCUCACGUGUGAAGACCUUUUUGUGCUAAGCAAUGAUGACUGCACGCGUUUCCUUGCAGGUAACUGAGGAAAAAGAAAGAUUUCAAGCACUGCCCUCUUUUUUUAUUUUUUUUAAUUUGUAAAGCUUCCAGUCUGUUAUUCUCACUUAGUCAGGAUGACAGAGUUAUCUUGGGCCAACACCCUCACCUAUGUUAACCAGAGAACCACUAACAUGACGUCAGCUGGUUCUUUUGCGGCAGGGCUAAAAUGCAGUGGAAAUGUUUUCUUUGGGAUUAAGUUCAUUUUCAUGACAAAGACUUUGCUGUUAAUUGCCAUUCAACAUUCUGAAGUAUAUGCACAAUGCCAUCCUAAAAACUGAGGCAGCAGACUUUGUAAAAAUUAAUAUUUGUGUCAUUCUCACAUUUGGCCAUGACUGUACCAGCAAGUAUGAUAUUGUAGCCACCCGGAAGGUUUGUGUUAAGAAUUUGUGAUGUCGGACUUUUUUGUGUGGCUGUGAAUGUGUCCAGGUGGAGCGCUUGUGUGUGUGUGUGUGUGUGUGUGUGUGUGUAUUUACUGAUACUCUUCUAGCUAACGUUUUUUCCGGACUAUAAGUUGUUAUUAGUAAAAAAACAUAAAUCACACUGGCCUAUAAGUCACAUUUACCGCUAUUUAUAAUGGAGCUAUCAUCAGAGAGCAUUUAUUUUAAGGAGUGAGGAGGUUCCGCUCCUAUGUUUACACCAACAAAACCAACCAAAUAAGUCAGAUUUUUAAAAAAGUAUAUAGAUACAAUAAAAACUUACCUGUUUAAUAAAUGUCAGAAUGUUCUCGAAGAAGACACUUGGAUGCAUUCUGGUGUGAACAAACGUAUCACACCGCUGUAUUUUAACACCAAAACUUCAUUUUUGUAUUCACAAAUGAAGUAAAAUUGACUGAAAUUCAUACGUGUGUGUAGGUAGUCAGUGGCUGAAGCAGCAGCUACAAUCUCCAAGCUAUACAUGUGCUAUACAAGUUAUACAGGCUAUACAAGUGUCCUAAUUUGCACAGGUAUUGUAUCAUUCCAGGCGCACAUUACUUACAGAGACAUAGGCUUAGAAAGUAUUACGUAACAAAAAGCGUCCGGUAUGCUCUGUAUCAUCAAUUUGUGUACCUCACUGCGUCACAAACUCAACUCGUUCAAGUCACAGAACUAGCCAAACUAUGAAAAAAAGGGCGACGGAAAAUACAUACAGUACGUUUGCUGACAUUAAAGCACUGGCGUGGCUCAUGGAUGGGAAAUCUCAGCAGGUUGUAUUGGAAAUCAGUUUGGCCCCAACCCCAGUUGAAAUGUUGUCUUUUUAGUCCGCCUUCAACAUCAGCUUUACAGAUACCAUGUCUGCUCUGUUAACUGUCGUGUUGCGGCAUCGCCUGUGAUUUUUAUUACGAGGGGGAAAGCCACUUAAGUGCACUUUGUCUAUUUGGAUGGAGGGGUACUAUUGGAGGAAAUAUAACUUGAGAGUCUCAGAUUUUUACAAAAAAAUGCUGUAUUUUGGGAGAAUUAACAGCGCCAGAGUGUGAUAUUUGGUGGUGGGCAGUUGCAGUGAUGGUGCCGUUGUGAAAAAACAGCUGGCUUUUUGCUGGACAGGAAAAAAGUGAUGGAUUAACUCCAUCAGAGAUCAUAAUGCUCACUCGGAGAAGAAUAUUCAGCAGUGUACCCAAUGUACGGCCCCAUGCGAAUGUCUGCGGCACCAAUUACAUUUGUUCCAUUAGCAACGCUGACAUUUAUUGAUCACUGAAUAGAGUCGAGACCUCCGCCGAGACUCAGCUGUUUGUUUGUCCAUUGUUUUGUUAGUUAGCGAGCUACUUCCUGCUCCACUGAUGCUGUAAAUCAGGGGUGUCCAAAGUGCGGCCCGGGGGCGAUUCGCGGACUGCUUUUUUUUUUUUUUUGUUAGCCUGCGGCACUUUCUAAAAAUAGAAUUUAACAAGACAACAGAAAACAACCGCUAAAAAUGGAAAAUCAGCAGUAAUUUUACAAGAAUAAAGUAAAAAUAUUCAGAGAAAAAGUCUAAUGAGGAAAAAGGUGUAAUUUUACGUUACUAAAAAUAACGUCAUAUUAGUAGAAUAAAGUUGGAAUAUGAAAGAAAAAACGUUCUUUUUGAAGUCGUAAUAUUAUGAGAAACACACAAAAAAACAAAGAAAGUUGUAAUUUUUGGAAAAUGAAGUUGCGGAAGUAACAAAGUUAUGAGAAUCAAGUCAAAAUGUUAUGGGAAUUAAGUCAUAAUUACGAGAAGAAAAUGUACAAGAAGAAAGUUGACAGUUGGAAAAAAACCCACAAAAAACAGCAGAAAUAGAAAAAAAUUGCUCUAAUUUUACAAGACAAUUACAUAUUUUAAUGAGAAAAAUUUUUGCAAUUUUACGAGAAUAAAUUCUUUAUAUUUUGAGGAAAAAUUAUGUCAUUUUGGUAGCAUAGAGAAAUAUUGAAAAAAUACAUAAUAUGAGAAACAAAACAAAAUAAAGUAGUAAUUUAUGGAAAAUUAGGUUGGUGAAAAAGUUAUAAUAUGGAAAUAAAGUCAAAAUACUGGAAUAAAGUCCUAAUAUUAGGAAAAGGGCAUUUACGAAGAUUAUUUAAGAAGAAAGUUGAAAUAUUUGGAAAAUACAGCAAAAAUUGGGGGAAAAAAAGAGCAAAGACGGAAGUUCAUCCUAAUCAUAUUGCUUUUUCACUUACAGUAUGUCACAAAGCUGAGAUGCAAUUUUUUCGUAAAAUAUACAUCACUUCUGUUGGUUCACACAAUAUUAAAGUGGCCCUCACUGGAAAAAGUUUGGACACCCCUGGUGUAACUGUAUCUUUACCUCAGACGCUUACCACCAUUCAAACAGCAAAGCCCAAUGCGGUCCAAGCCUUUUGCACAGUAAUUUAAAUACUGUUGCACGGGAGAAAGCACACGUUUAAUAACAGCUCAGAUAGUGUCAUGAAAUCACUCAAAUGAUGUCAGUAUGCGAACACGUGGUCCUAUGUUGAAGUCCGAAGCCUAACCACAUGUAACAAGAAGCCUUACAGCAUGAAAUGUUGAAGAGUUCCGACUGAAAAGAUGUUUCUGUGUGAUUUAACUGAGUGAUACAGGCCAUCUUUCAAUGAUGAUCAUUCUAACUUUAAAAAAAAGGAACAUUUUUAUUUGAACUUGCAUGUUGCCAAUUUUGAGUGCUUUAUAUAUAAAGGGGGCGGCUAAGUCACAGUUUAAAAAUGCAAUACCUUGUUUUUUUUAUGAUGAUUUUGUGGGUUUGCAGUCUGCAAUCGAGUUUACAGGAAUAACACCAGCUGUCUCCUUUAUUCAGUUCAGUCUGUCAUGAAUAUAUUUUAGUACUCCAUGUAGGACUUGCUUUUAUAAUGUAUUUGUUGAAACGAGAGAAAUAAAGUUAUGUAGAGACUGUGUCGUUUUUUUAUGCAUAUUACUUGAGAGAGGUGUGCAGUCAUCAUU